CGUGCUCCUUGGUAUGGAGUAUGCAAGUGGUGGUGACUUAGAACAUCUUCUGAUGAGGAAUGGGCCUGUUACCAUCUCUAAUGCAAGAUUCUACAGUGCGGAGAUUGUAUGUGGGCUCCAAUUCCUGCAUUCCAAGGGCAUCGCCCAUGGCGACCUCAAGCCAGAUAACAUCUUAGUGGCUGCAACAGGCCACCUCAAGAUCGCCGACUUCGGUCUCGCAAGUAACAUCACACCUAGAGACUGGAGUGCCACUGGCUGUGCUGGAAGAUGUGGCGACAUCACUCCUGAGGUACGUUUUCGCGAAGAGAGAGCUAUCGGUCAUGAUUGGUUUUGCUUUGGCAUCAUUCUCAGCAAAAUGGUCAAUGGAAGAUCUUUUGGACCAGGCACUGAAGUCAGGAACAUCAUUGACGAGCUCUUCAGUAUCAUGCCAGCCAAACGCCCAGGAGUGAAUGAUAACAUCCGCCUCCAUCGCUUCUUCCGGCACAUCAACUGGGUCGCCUUGGAAGCCCUUGAGAUGGAGCCACCAUACAUUCCUGCACCACCGACCUUUCCACCCUCUGCCUCCAUAAAUAACCAGCUAGCAAUAAUGGAGGCAGAAGAGGACAAUAAUCCACCUGUAACAGCCCCCCAGCAGGACCGGUUUGCAGGGUUCUCAUUUACCACCUCCACCUGGAGAACCCCCCCAUAGGCACCGGGCCUACGACCAUCUAGCUGAGGCAGCAGCACUGCUGGAUGCAGGAGUUGGAGUUUCUGCAGAACAUCUGUGAUAAGAAGAUUGAUUACAACUUGGAAGAUUGUUUAUUAUUUUCUUAUUUUUUAUAAGUUUUUAAAUUUAACUUUUUUUAAAUUUGAAUAUUAACAUUUUUUAAAUUUACAUUUUCAAAUUUAGUGGGAGGGUAUUUUAUAA